AUGGGGCAAGCUGAGAAAUUAAUGAACCAGAUCAUGGAGCUUAAGUUCACCGCCAAGAGCCUCCAACGUCAAGCAAGAAAGUGCGAGAAAGACGAGAAAUCCGAGAAACUUAAAGUCAAGAAAGCGAUCGAGAAAGGUAACAUGGACGGAGCACGGAUCUACGCCGAAAACGCGAUCCGUAAGCGUAGCGAACAGAUGAAUUACCUUCGUUUAUCCUCACGUCUUGAUGCAGUCGUCGCAAGGCUCGAUACGCAGGCCAAGAUGACAACGAUCAGCAAGUCUAUGGGAUCGAUCGUAAAGUCUCUCGAGUCAACCCUAGCCACGGGUAACUUACAGAAGAUGUCUGAGACCAUGGACCAGUUUGAACGCCAGUUUGUGAAUAUGGAAGUACAGGCGGAGUUCAUGGAGAGCUCCAUGGCUGGAAGCACUUCUCUUUCGACUCCAGAAGGAGAGGUCAACAGCUUGAUGCAGCAAGUUGCGGAUGAUUAUGGUCUGGAGGUGUCUGUGGGCUUGCCACAACCUGCUGCUCACGCAGUGCCAACCAAGAACACUGAGAAGGUUGAGGAGGAUGACCUUUCCAGGCGCCUUGCAGAUCUUAAAGCCCGCGGGUAA